AUGGUUAAUUUACUUUUCACUUUGUGUAUUUCGACGAUUUUUCCUUUGAUCUAUGCCGUCACACAUUGCAUUGAUUAUUGGGAUAAGAAUAUUGCCGGAUUCUCCAACCGUUCCACUCUUUAUUUGCCAUGUUACACAGAUAUAACGGCAUUGGAGGGAGUUCAUGGUCAGGAGUUAGUGAAGUCAAUUGCUUCAACGAUUCAGUGUGUGGGAAUGGAAGAUUUUGGAGAUGUUAAGGUGAACUCAGAACAGGUAUCCUUUUUUAAAUUAAAAAGUCUAUAACACACAUAUUAUGAUUAAAACGUAAAAUAAAAAUAGUGCAAUGCCUCAACGAACGACUGCUUUAGAAAUAUUUCGGAGCCACCGAAGGUCAACAUUCGGUCCUCAAGUUUUGUGCCGAAGAAUCCCAAGAUGAAGAUAGAUUGGUUUUAUACGAAAUUGAAUUGAAAUACAGUAAUGCCUCCGUUCUACUGGAAUUGAGAAGAUCCUUCCCGAAGGAAGAGGUACCUAGAUUCCCCAAAUUCAAAGACCUACCUCGCAUCAAUCUAAAACUGCCUGCCGACUUCUUUUAUCCCUUUUCUUGUUCAACCUGUUAUUCGAAUACCUUUUGUAAAGUUUUUACGGUUAUUUUAAUCUUUUUGAUAAAGACUGUCUGAUAAUUAAAACACCGGGGAGUUGUUUAUUAAAAGAAGAAUACAAUUUCAAAGUUUGAUGACAAUUGCAUGCUUAGAAAUGUAGCAAAGUUCUAAAGCCUUAAUGUAAUAUACAUCACCUUAGCAACCGAAACUUAAUACAAUCACAUAGAGGGGAGACACCGUAUUUUAUGAUCAGAAUACUUGAUUUAGAAAAAUGGCACCGUUUCAGCCAUAAAAGAUAUAAUUUCUGCAGUUUAGGCGGGAAUGUAGAGUAAUCAAACCUGGAGGUUAUGUUUUCUGAAUCUCGGAGUGUUUUAUGUAAGAAAGGAAAGAAAAGGCAAUGAAGAGCAGACUUGUCCCCACCAGAUCUCCAAUGGCUGUGAGAUAGGGAAUGGCCGCAUUGUCAGGAUCGACUCGCCAGGACCACAUUAGGGAUACCAUCCAUUGACAGACGAAGAGCAAAAAAGCCACCUGAAAAACCCAUGUUAAUACCACCAACAACGAUUUCAAGCACUACAGACCCUCCGCGACAAUAUGCAAUAUGUUUAAAUCACGGCAAUAUCUUAUAAAGUCACAUAUCGAAUUAAGAACUUAUUUUGUCCAGAACGAGCACUUUCUGCUUCCUGCGUUAGUACGACACAUAAAGGCGGUCUCGCGGGAGCACUAAAAUCAUCUUAGAAGCACUGAGGAAGGGCCGCGCUUCUUGAAAAACCCGUAAAUGGUCAUUUUAGACUAUGGUAAUGACCGGCGUAAGCCUAGGAUGAUGUAUCUAUUGGGCGUUCACCGGUUGCAGCGCCGACUUCCGCCCUCAAAGCUAGCCAUUCAGAAAGUGGUGGGCCCGAGAAAGGCGCAAUAGUUUUCUUUUGUCAAGCGGAAGAAGCAUUAAGUGUCGGCCGACUUUCAGAUGAAAUACUAAAAUAUGGCCACAAGUGUGAGGCCGCAUUGGUAGUCCAUCUACCGGGUCGGGUCAUCCGAUCAUUUCCUUGCCCACUUCAUCCAACUGUCGUAAAUGACAUUAUUCAUCAACGGAAGCGGGGCCCAUUUUAUGGUCACGCACAAUUUGUUUUAUGAAAAGCGGCCGAAAAAGUUUCCUUUCGCGAAACCGCUCUUUCUCUUAGUUCGAACUCAUUAAUAAGACCGAGAGUAGUGUUUGCUGAUUGUUUGAAACCCCUUCAGACAUGUUUGGCCAUAUUCUCCACGUUCGGGAUUUUACCGUGUUUGUCUGUUGCUUCAUUCUACGUCAACCUUCUCUUCAGUUUACCUAUAAGUUGAUUUUCCCAAAUAAAGUCUGGAAGUGAAAGAAAACAUCUAAUAAUUCUCGGCCGCGAACCCAACUUCUGUUUAAAGGUUGAUAAUCGUCCUUCGAGUCAAUUACGUAUGCCCGGAGGCGGUUAAGCGUCUUGCCUGGCCCUUCUGAAGUGCUGCCUAUUAACGAAUUUAAUUUAGUUUCAGCGCCAUUGUGCUCGCCUUUAGACCAUCGAGAACUCAUUCGGCGAGUAUGGGAGGGAGACCAACAAAAUUGCGCAGGAUAUGCCAGAAGGUGAUAAUGCCUAAGGUCCCGAGAAGGACCCAUCAGCGGCGUGGGUACCACCAAAUAGAUCCCGACAUCGAAUACGAGGUAGGAAAGGAAAGAAGAAACCUGACAAGAAGCCUCUCAACGUGUUUUAUUUAAUCGUUUCAGAAUACCGGAACCAAAAUUAUAAUCGAAAUGGAUGACAACGAAGGAACAGAUGACGACUGGGUAAUAUCCGAGAUUAAGAGUAUGAAGAGCGACUUCAAGAACCGACUUGAAGUCGUCCGCCAAACUCUCAACGACUUGGAACAAGAUCACAACUCUAAGCUCGACCACUGUGCCAACAUUACGAGAAAAAUUAACCGUCGGGUGAGUUCAGGACUCCCAUCGAUUCAAGGAGAUCCCAAACUCGAGGAAUGCCGACUGCGAAAUUCCCUUAUCCAGGAAAAACUAAAACACUGCAAAGAGUAUCUAUUGAACUAUGAUGCCAUUCUAAAGCACGAAAAAGAUGAUCUCGGAGACAACAACGGCAAGUCAUAAUGCACUUUUAGUCACUUCACAUUUUCCUAUUGAAUUACUGGAAUAUUAGAAAGGGAUUAGACUCUCUUUUGUUUCAGACAUUUUCGUGAGAAAACUGCUUCUCAAGACCGCUAAGAAACAUACGAAGAAGAGCCGGCUGAACGAAGCAAUCGAGACUUUCUACCAACUGAUUACCGCGACCAAUGGUCAAUUGUGCGGGGAAGAGAUCUGGACAUUGUUCGAGAUCUGUGAACAGAAAUGCGAGCAGACAUUCGAAUUCUUUCAUCGUCUCUCAAAUGCGGUCAAAACUUUGGAAUGUGAUAAUUCCGGCUAUAUUAUGAAUGAUCUAUGGGUAUCGGUGGUGGAGGACUUGAGGUCGGAAUGCUCGGAGAUGUUCGAUUUGACGAUAAAGAUAGUUGUGGAAGGUAAUUCCGUUUAGUCCCAAGUCCAGAAAAACAAAUUACAAUUCAUGAAAACCCACACAAACAUCCCUCAUUGUCACUGAAAUUAUUCCCUGAGGGCAGGAGGGAGUAAUUUCUUUUAUAAAUACUUAAUUUCAGUGGCCGAGCCCUUAAAUGAGAGUUGUCUUGUGGAGAAACUCAAAUAUUUGCUGGCGGCCAAAAUAAGUGCCUUGUGGCUAGAAAUGACCUCGAUUGAGCACGAUGAAGUAAGAAAAUUACAAAAGUUCUUCAUUAGACAACUAUUACAGUACUCAAGUGCGCAAUUUCAGUUCGAUGAUGUGAAAGACAUCUUCUUUGACAGUCUCAACAAGUGUAUCGAUGCAUUCUUGGCACUGCGAUCAGCAGACGAAGAUAGUAUGAGGGCGACGAAUGCGCUCAACUACUCCAUCAGACAAUUCCAUACGUAA